UCCGCUCACUGACUCGACCUCCGCUGAUGUCGUCUGUUUGGUCGUAGCUAGUAAUCUGUCCCAGCCUACAUCGUCAAAACCUCCAACGACAAUAACUCGAACUAUCCUACCACGUCCAUGGCAGUCAUCCUUUUCUCUUUUAGUAACCCCACAACUCUUUAAAAAUUCCGCCUAAAAAGAAAAAGCGUUCUGUCCCCUCUUUUGGGUUUUCAGCAGACGUGUACAACAACUACCCAGAAGAUCUAGGGGCAGCUCUAUACCGAGAGCCAUUUGACUUCAACGCCGAGCCACCUUGGGAUCCUAGCUGAUAGUGGACGAGUUCAUCCCAGGACUCAUCCAUUUUGUUGCAUAAGUCUAGGACCCCAGGGGCUCGAGAGGGAGCGAGCAAGACCACUUUGGACUAGCCACAUUCUUUAUGCCUGUCGGAUUAGAAGAAAACGGUUGAGAAGAUGAAAGGAAUUGCUGAUGAACCACAGUAUUCUGUUGGCCUUCUGGAGGGAGGCACAGCCCUCUGUGACGUGAUUGACAAUCACAUUUAUGAACAAACACUGUCUGAGAAGAAUGCGUUCUUUGUGGCAGACCUGGGAGUCAUAAUGAGGCAGCAUGUUCGCUGGCGAACCCGCAUGGCACAAAUUCGACCGUACUAUGUUGUGAGAUGCAACAGCAGUCCAGCUGUGAUUGAAGUUCUUGGUGCCCUUGGCACUGGAUUCGUAUGCACAAAUAAGUCUGAACUUGAGCUGCUGCAGAACCAUGGUAUUCCCUCUGAAGACAUCAUCUACAGUGGUGUUUGCAAACAAGUCUCCCAGAUUAAAUACGCUGCUAAGAAUGGCAUUGACCUACUGGUGUGUGAUAAUGAAGCAGAGCUACGCAAGAUUUCUCGCUGCCACCCCAACGCCAAGCUACUGCUGCAGGUGUCGACAGAAGCAUCUAACCCGGAUGACGAGAUGAGCAUGACGUUUGGCUGCUCCCUCAAGGACUGCAGGCAUCUGCUGGAGAGUGCAAAGGAGCUGGGUGUGCAAGUGGUGGGGGUCAGGUCACACAUUUCCAGCUCCUGUGAGGAUGACCAGGUCUAUGUUCAUGCCAUUUCUGAUGCCCGUUGUGUCUUUGAUAUGGGAGAGGAAAUUGGCUUCAACAUGAAAAUCUUGGACAUUGGAGGAGGAUUCAGUGACUCUGAGACCCAGCUGGAACUGAUUAAUAGUGCCGUCAUGUCUAUGGUAGACCUUUACUUUCCUCCAUCCACUGGAGUUUCCAUCAUUGCUGAACCUGGCAGCUUCUUCGUGUCUUCAGCUUUCACCCUGGCAGUCAACAUCAUCUCUAAGGAGGUGGUGGCACGUGACCGCCAGGGCCAGGAACACGAUGACCUGUCUCCCAACGAGGAGCCAGAGUUCCAGUACUACAUGAAUGAGGGAGUGUAUGGUUCCUUUGCCAGUAAACUCUCUGAAACACUGAUCACUGCUCCAUCUGUUCACAAGAACACAUCCCUGGAUGCUCCAGUGUUCAGCAGCAGCCUGUGGGGUCCUUCUGGAGAUGACUUGGACCAGGUAGUGGAGCACUGUCUGCUACCUGAACUGAACAUUGGAGACUGGCUCAUGUUCACACAUACUGGGGCCUACAGUCUGGGUCAACCACUGUGCACCUCCACUGACUCACCACCACCUCCCAUCUACUAUGUCAUCUCCUCUAGAGACUGGUUUGAAAUGCAGGACUCUGGUGUCACCCAUGAGGCUACACUGAAGAACUUGUCACUGGUCCCUUACUUUCUCAAUUCCUGCCAAACAGAGGCUGCACUGUCUGUCCCAGCUUAGCAAUCAUCUGACCAGGAAUGCUUGUAACGUCCCUGACUGGUUUCUGCUGCUAGCUUCCUUUGGACCACAUUCCACUGGGAUGAACGCAUCCAACUGUGCAGAUAGUGCUUGAAAUCGCAGGGACCAGACUAAAUUCAUCUCACAAAAUCCCCAAUGUACAGUGCUUAUGCAAUUAGACCUGCAAAACCUAAGUAGAUGUUAAUUAGUAUGCAACAAAAUGGAUGACUCCAGAAAAGACAUCCCAUGGAACUAGUUUACAAUCCCACACUAGACAUAUAAUGAUUUUAAAUGAUUAUAUUUGACAGAUGUAUUAUCUAUAUCUCCAUUGCUGUUGCCAGUCUUGUGAAGUAAGAUAUGUAUCCCUGAGUGAAGCAAUGUAUUUCAACAGAAACACAGUUCUGAAAUCUUGAAGGGAGCUUUGCUACAAGUUGUGUAUUUAUGAUUUUAAUUGGUUGUAUAGUUUUUGUGUGACCUGAGCUUCACUCUGUUAUUACAUUUCAAAUCUGUUAUCCUUCUACGUGUUUUAAAAUGGGAGCUGCCGCUUAACAUGGCUGCAUAUACGAAGGUGCAUUUACUCUUCUGUUAGAAGCAGUAAAUGAAGCCGGUGUGAUCAAGUGCAGUGCCACCAUGACAUUCACUUUUGGAAAAUGAUUAGCGCAGUAUACCACUGGUGUGGUUAGAGAGCUGAAUGUUAAGAGUUCACCAGAAACCUGGUGUUUGCGUGCUUUUCCAAAGUGCUGAGUAACUUGCCUCUAUGAUGAGCAAAGGAGCGGCAGAUAGCUACGAUGCCAUGAGAUAGUAAAGCAGGUGUAUUAGACAGCAUGUGCUGCAGAUGGAACAUGGGAAGUGUUAAUGGAUAAUGAAUCAGCUGACAUGGAAUGGGACUUUUCUUCAUUAAAAAAAAGGAGCAAAGCAUCAUUUAUAAUGCUAGAACUGUUACCUUUUUUCUAUUUCUGAUAUUUAUAUUGUAUUUGUUAAAGAAUAUUUUUUCAGCAUCUCCUAUUGUGUUGAAAGAAUAUUACAGUAUUUCCUGACAGUGCAAGUAUACUUGCAUAGUAUGUAUCAUAUCUGUGAAGUUGUCCCCAAAUCUCUGUGUAAAGCAUGAUAAAUUAUCAGGCAUUUGCCUGUCAUUAACCUGUAGCUGUGCUUGUCUAAAUGAACAGUAAUAAACACCUCAUUGAUGGGC